AUGGCGAAGAAAGGCAACAAGUCCGCUCCAAGAGGCCGGCUUUCGGUGAAUGGCCAGCAUUUGCCUACGAGCGAUGGGUGCAUAGCAACGUAUCGGACGGGCAAACCCUGUUCGAUUCCGCGGGUUUCAAAGCUCAUGCCCUACUGCGGAAAAUGCAUGAGAACAGGCGACCCUUCUUUGAAGGCAGUGAAGCAUCCACGAUUUGGCAAAAUCCUGAUUGCCAAGCGAAACCUACCCAAAGGGUAUUACGUAGCAUGGUGGGGAAACCUGUUGCCGAAGAAGAAAAUAGCCCGAAAGCGCAUGGAGUGGGCGUUGGAGACCACGAAGGGCAUGGUGGACGCAGUCCCAUAUGAUGGAUCGCAGCUGAAAUACUGCGCGUGUGUAGGUCCCAACGAGCUACCAACCAUUGACUUUGCACCGAACAGUGAUGUCUUGCUCAAGCGCGGCGAGGACAAAGCAGCGGUGAUGUUCCGGACUUUGCGGCCCAUCCCGCGAAACUGGCAGGUGGACAUGAUGUAUAACAAAGAUGAGAAGAGCACCGACGAGUUCUUCCAGGAGCAAGGCAUCUGCCGAGGUGAUGUUGGCACAAAGAGAUACCCCGCACUGAGAAAGAAAAAUGCUGACCCGCCCACGUGGCUGAAAGCCACGGGCAUGAAGAAGAAAGCCGCGAAGACGAAGGUCAUGAACAUGAAAUUGAAGACUUCGAAGUCACGAUCCAAGAAGUCUGGAUGA